UGGGGAUUUAUCAUUUAUUGCCAUUCAUUUUUAUCUCCCAAUUAUAGACCUAUUACAUCUUAUAACCAGGCCAGUUGUACUUGCCUCUUCACUUGGUGGGAUUGUCUGUGUUUCUCCCCAAUGAUUUACACAGUGAAGAGAAAUAACCGGCCAGACGUUAUUAGUGCUUGCGCGGAAACGGGCGAGUUUUCUUCAGCAAAGGGGAUUGAUUGGUGAAAUCAAGGGAUGAAGAGCUAGUCAGAGAAGAACCACUCUGCUCCGAGCUUAACUGACGCAUGAGAAUUAGAUGAGGUUGCGCACAGCCGCUGUGUUGGAUUUCAUUGAAUGCUGUGUUGGAUUUCAUUGAAUGGUUCAAACUUACUAACUGCCGUGCAUGCCACAACUGCAACAACAACGAGGCAAUUAGAAGCCGCAAUUUAGUACCGACUGAGGACUUUUGAACCUUUAUCAUUGAUCCAGAAAUUGAGGAAAAAGUCAGUGAAUUCGAAGGUCUUCCAUCAGUUUUCUCGAUAAGGCUUCAAAAAGCGCGAAGUGCUUUGAACUUCAUUCCUGGGGGACAAGCGUUUCAAUAUACGUGGCGUUUAUUAACCAUUAUGGCAGACAGCGAAAUCACGGACGAAGGCAUGGACAACUUGACUGCAGCAAACGCGACGAAGAACAUCUCAAAAAUAUGCUACAACGUAUACUGUACAAGUGACGAAGACUACAUUGACAAAAUUGAAGCGUACAUCUUCCCUACGACGUUUGAAUGGGUGGCUAUAGCGUUUUAUAUCAUUGUCUUUGUCAUGGGUUUGGUUGGCAAUUUCCUUGUGUGUUACGCCGUGUGGAAGAACCCUAACAUGAGAACCGUUACAAACAUUUUCCUUGUAAAUUUGGCCAUUGCGGACUUCAUGGUUAUUUUGAUUUGCCUCCCAUCUACUUGUUUAGAAGACAUCACCUACACCUUUUUCAUGGGCCCGAUCAUGUGCAAGAUCGUCAAGUAUUUACAGCCUGCGUCUGUCUGCGUGUCAGUCCUGACCCUGACGGCCAUUGCACUGGAGAGAUGGUAUGCCAUUUGCUAUCCUCUCAAACUGAAGAGCACCCCGACCCGAGCCAUGAUCAUCAUCAUGACAAUAUGGAUAGUGUCACUUUUGAUUCCCAUCCCCGAUGUCAUCGCCGUUGACACCUUCUACAAAAUCCCCAAAAGAUACGCCGAGGACUUAGGCGUUGUGUAUUUGACCUACUGUCAGCCAGUAAUGAGUGAGGUCUGGACGUCGCAGAACCAAAUGGAGUAUCAGAUCUGUCUGAUGGUGUUGAUGUUCUUCGUCCCCCUGGGUUUAAUGGCGUUUGCGUAUAUCCGGAUAGCGAGAUGCUUGUGGGCUAAUGCCAUACCGGGUACCAAUGAGAUAAGAGGUGGCAGCACGUACAGCAGCACGGGCAACAGCACGCGGGGAGGAAUCGAGUCCCAGAUACAGUCAAGAAAAAAUGUGGCGAAAAUGCUGAUUGCUGUGGUUGUGAUGUUUGCUCUCUGCUAUAUGCCUGUGUAUCUUAUAAACAUAUUGAGGUUCACUGGGUUGGGGACAAUGAUUUUUGUCGACAAAGAAUCGGAGACGAAUGUCGUCAUAGUUGCCCACUGGCUGUGCUACUUCAACAGUGCCAUUAAUCCAGUCAUUUAUAAUUUCAUGAGCGCUAAGUUUCGCAAGGAGUUCAAACUCGGAUGCUGCGCGUGCUGUUUGUAUUGCUGCCCCAAGAGCUUCGCGCCUGCGUACAGGGUGACUUCCGGCCGCCAGGGCAACGGAACUCUCACGUACAAAUUCAAAAGUAGUGAGUUUAAGCACCGUCACCGUGGUUCCACAAGCGACCGAACCGAACACAUUACCCUUACCUCAUUGCAUACCGAAGCUUGAAGAAAUGUUCUGCAUGGCAGGUGUUCCACAUAUGGCACAUGGGUGUUGACAACUUAGAGUUAUUAGAUAUAACCUUCACAUGGUGAUAGAUACCUUAUUGUUAUCACUACGGAGACAAGAUGGCGGCACGAUGUACCCUCAUUGUUACCUUUUCUGUGUCGCAUGCUCACUCAUUCAUGCAAAGCUUUCCCAUGUCAAAGAAACAACAUCGACGUGCCUUUCGCACAAAUAUUGCUUAUAUGUUGUUUUGAGGUGGAUUUCGAUAGAUUUUUAUUGUGCUAAAUACAACGAAGGGUUUGAAAGGACUCAUCCCCAUUUUCAACAAGUUCUUGGGAUUUGGGGUUCUAUGUUUGAGUUCAGAACAUUUUCUAAGUGGCAUGUUGGAUA